AUGCGGCCACUCACUGAGGACGAGAUAAAGCUAGUGCUCGAGAAACUUUCAAAGUUUCUCGGUGAUAACUUGAUGCACUUGAUCGAAAAUCCAUCAAACCCUCACGUCUUUCGCCUUCACAGAGACCGCGUCUUUUUCAUGAGCGAGAAGCUUCUCAAGGCCACUGGCUGCAUUCCGCGCAAGAAUCUUCUAAGUGCGGGUCAGUGCCUGGGCAAGCUAACAAAGGCCAAGAAGUUCCGUUUGGGCAUUACGGCGCUGCACCUAUUGGCGAAGUACACGCCACAUAAGGUUUGGCUUAAGCCGGGUGGCGAGCAGGCGUUUGUCUACGGGAACCACAUCAUCAAACGACACGUGGGGCGUCUGACGGCAGACAUGCCGAGUGGAGCGGGCGUUUGUGUUUUGUCUUUGAACGGGGAUUUGCCUUUGGGCUUCGGCACGAGCGCCAAGGCCACAGCGGAGAUUCAUGCGGCCCCUACAGAAGCCAUCUCCUUUUAUCACCACGCCGAUGUGGGAGAGUACCUCAGGGAGGAGGCAGACCUGGUAUGA